AUGUUCCGAGCCGUGGCUCCCGGACAGCUCCGGCGGGCGACCUCAUUGCUACGAUUUCAGAGUACCCUGGUGAUAGCUGAGCAUGCAAAUGAUACCCUUGCACCCAUUACAUUAAAUACCAUCACUGCAGCCAAAUGUCUUGGAGGUGAAGUGUCCUGUUUAGUAGCUGGAACCAAAUGUGACAAGGUGGCACAAGAUCUCUGUAAAGUAGCAGGUGUAGCAAAAGUUCUGGUGGCUCAGCAUGAUGCGUACAAAGGCCUCCUUCCAGAGGAACUGACACCAUUGAUUUUGGCAACUCAGAAGCAGUUUAAUCACACACACAUCUGUGCUGGAGCGUCUGCCUUUGGAAAGAACCUUUUGCCCAGAAUAGCAGCCAAACUUGAUGUUGCCCCUAUUUCUGACAUCAUUGCAAUCAAAUCACCUGACACAUUUGUGAGAACCAUUUAUGCAGGAAAUGCUAUAUGUACAGUGAAGUGUGAUGAGAAAGUGAAGGUGUUUUCCGUCCGAGGAACAUCUUUUGAAGCUGCAGCAACAAGUGGAGGCAGUGCCAGUUCAGAAAAGGCAUCAAGCAUUUCCCCAGUGGGAAUAUCAGAAUGGCUUGACCAGAAAUUAACAAAAAGCGAUCGACCAGAGCUCACAGGUGCCAAAGUGGUGGUGUCUGGUGGUCGGGGUUUGAAGAGUGGAGAGAACUUUAAGUUGCUGUAUGAUCUGGCAGAUCAACUACAUGCUGCGGUUGGUGCUUCUCGUGCUGCUGUUGAUGCUGGUUUUGUUCCCAAUGACUUGCAAGUUGGACAGACAGGAAAAAUAGUGGCACCAGAACUUUAUAUUGCUGUAGGAAUAUCUGGAGCCAUCCAACAUUUAGCUGGGAUGAAAGACAGUAAGACAAUUGUGGCUAUUAACAAAGACCCAGAAGCUCCAAUUUUUCAAGUGGCAGAUUAUGGAAUAGUUGCAGAUCUAUUUAAGGUUGUUCCUGAAAUGACUGAGCUAUUGAAGAAGAAAUGA